UUACAAAAAACACCCCUUAAAUCCAUAAACUUUGGCCCACCGAUGCAAGGAUAAUCCUGUAAUUUCAAGCUUUUCGGCCAAAUACUUGGUCAGUUGAGCCUCGAAUUCUCAAUCGGUUUUCAAUCCUUCGCUCUCACUCUGUUUCUAAACUUCCGAAGAAUAAGAGAAGAAAAGGCUAGCCUGUAAUCUCUACAAAAACAGAUGGGCAAAAAGGUAAAAUGGAGCUGGACCUACGCAUUAAUUGGCGCAGCCUCCGCCACAGCAGCGACUGCUCUCCUCCGUGCGAAACCCAAAGACCCAACUUUCCACCUUAUCUCCAUCAACCUCACUUCCUUCAAGCUCAACCUCACCCACAUCGAAGCCGAGCUAAUCCUUACCGUCCACGUCACCAACCCUAAUAUCGCGCCCAUCCAUUACUCUUCCACCACCAUGUCCAUCUUCUACGAAGGGUCUUUACUCGGGGAGGCAGAGGUCAAAGCCGGAUCGCAGCCGGCCCGGUCUUGCCAGGUGCUGAAGCUGCCGACACGGUUGGAUGGGGUGGAGUUGGCUCACCACGCUGGGAAGUUUUUUGCUGACGUGGCGAAAAGAGAGAUGGUGCUUGAAGCUAAGGUGGAUAUUGGCGGUACGGCUAAGGUGUUGUGGUGGGACCAUAGGUUUAAAGUCCACGUGGAUAGUCAUGUUACCGUUGAUCCUGUUUUUCUUGAUGUGAUUGAUCAGGAAAACAAAUCCCAAUUGGAGAUUUUCCCUGCUUGAUAAUUAUAUAUUAUAUAAUGUGUACUACUAUAAUUUUACGUUUAAUUUAUGGUAAUCGUUUUGACUAUCAAGUUAGAGCAUAGAUGUUUUAAUUACUUCUUUCAAUUCAAUAGUAAAGCACAAACUUUUUUUCUUUUUAUAAACGAAAUUCAAGGUUAGAAAGAAUUGAAAA